GCUGUUGUUUGCUCAGAGAUUGGACAAGAUGCCAAAGCAAAAGCAAAGGAAAUCCAGAAAACGAAGUAGAAGAGAACCUUCCUCGUCUUCAACAACCAGUAGUUCUUCCGGCAGUUCUAGCAAUAGUAAUGGGCAUAAACAUAAGAGAUCCAGGUGUAAGUCAAGGGAAACCGUGAGUAGCGAACAUUAUUCUACUUUUACGAGGGCCGAUCAGGGAAUACAUAUUUCGAUGGUAAUUCCAGAAUUUGAUCCGAAAAUUAAUGACAUAUCAGAGUGGUUAGAGGUUAUCAAAUAUAAUGCAGAUAUUUACAAGUGGCCUGAUAGCUGUAUUAAGUGUCAUGCUUUGAAUAAACUCAAGGGUACAGCCAAAACCUGGUAUGACAGUUUCAUUCAGGGUGACUUGGGGUGGUCUAGUUAUGCUUGGGGCCAGUGGGAGGAUAUAUUGAAAAAUACAUUCCAGAGUACACGUAAUGCUUAUCAACUGUUGAUGGAAAUGACGUUCGGGACGAACGUGACGUCAGGAUGGCCGUGCAGUCCCACUCUAUGUCUGUCGCUGCUGACCGGCAGAUCGACGGUGGCUGGGGAAAGAUGACACGACGCCAAGACGCCAAUGCUCUCAACCGAUUCAACGCAGCGCAAUAAGACGUUAUAUUUGUUUGUUACUUAAAAUUGUUGGAAUAUAUAUUUAUUACUGCAAGUAGUAUUGAUCGACUAGCGG